CUCCCGAACGGAGCAUUUCUCAGUUUCAAGUCACCGCCCCUCCUCCCAAGAUGGUAAAGAGUUGCCUGAUUGUGUGCUUCAUCGCUCUCCUGGUCAUCCAGGUUCGGAGUGAUCUAGCCGAUGACCAAGAACAAGCCCAACAUCCCCGUCUGCAGUCAUCACGCGACUUCGAGGCCCUCGACGAGGAGCUGGACACACGAUUCUGGCACGAUAAGGCCCAAUCCAUACUGGCCGAUAAGCUGGCCAGCCAUAAGAAACUCAACGAGAAUCGCGCCAAGAACGUGAUCCUAUUUUUGGGCGAUGGCAUGUCCGUGCACACGAUCGCAGCCACACGUGCUUUCAUGGGCGAUAGCAACAAACAGGUCUUCUUCGAGAAGUUCCCCUACUUGGGUCUGUCCAAGACCUAUGCCGUCAACGAGCGCACUCCGGACUCGGCCAACACGGCGACGGCCUAUUUGACCGGAGUCAAGGCCAACUAUGGCACCAUUGGCGUCAAUGCCCAGGUGCAGAGGGGCGACUGCGUGACCAACUCGAGUACCCAUGUCCAGAGCAUUGGCCAGUGGGCCCAGGAGGCCGGCAAGUGGGCCGGUGUGGUGACCACCGCCCGGGUGACACACGCUUCUCCAGCCGGUGUUUAUGCCCACGUCGCCGAGCGGAAUUGGGAGCACGAUGGUGAGAUCACCAGCUCCAAAUGCAGUUCGGACAUCAACACGGAUAUUGCCCGACAGCUGGUGGAAUGGCCAGUGGGUCAGGAACUGCGCGUCAUCAUGGGCGGCGGUCGAUCCUAUUUCCGGGAUCAGUCCCAGCACGACGAGACUGGCGUUUCGGGCCUGCGAACCGAUGGUCGCGAUCUGAUCAACGAUUGGCAGGAGAUCAAGAAACAGCAGGGAGCGGAGGGCAAGUACGUCUGGUCGCUGAAGGGCCUGAAGGAAACGGAUCUCAGCAAGACGGACUAUCUUCUCGGCCUCUUCGACACUUCCCACCUGCCCUACCAUGGCGAUCGUCGGCGCACCCAUUAUGAAGAUGCCGAGCCAUCCCUUUCCGACAUGACCGAAGCCGCCAUCAAAAUGCUCAGCAAGAACGAGGAGGGUUACUUCCUGUUCGUCGAGAGUGGACGCAUCGACAUGGCCCAUCAUGCCACCAAGGCGAAGAAGGCUCUGGAGGAUACCGAAGAAUUCGCGGCAGCCAUAGAGUUGGCUAGGAAGAUGACCGACGAGGAGGACACGCUGAUUGUGGUGACUUCGGAUCACUCGCACACCAUGUCCAUUAACGGCUAUCCGUACCGCCGACAGAACAUCCUUUCGUUAGCUCCCAAUCUGGCCGAUGAUGAGCUGCCCUUUACCAUCUUGUCCUAUGCUAAUGGUCCGGGAUUCGUUGAUACCUACAGUUCCAAGGACGGACGCAUCGAUCUUUCCCAUGCGGACACAAAUAAUGCGGACUUUGCAUUCCAGGCCACGGUGCCACUGAGCAGUGAAACCCACGGCGCCGAGGAUGUGGGUGUCUUUGCCUCCGGUCCCUUCGAGCACCUUUUCACCGGCAAUUACGAGCAGAGCUCCAUCCCAGCCAUGAUGGCUUAUGCCGCCAACAUUGGACCCUUUGCCAAGGACAAGAUUAAUGAGCAAUAAAGUGCCCACUGCAGUCGCUUACUCAUAAGGAAUACUCAAUAAAUUAAUAAGGGGAAAUACAAAAUGUUAUGCCUUUCCUGGUCAGUUAUAU